GAACCUCCAGCUCCUGUACUUCAUACAAGUGGGGGGCUGCUCUGCACUUGUGAAAAACAGGUCACUUCCCCUCUCUGGCUACUCGCUCCUGUGGAGGGUUGAAGGGCUGGUUGGUCUCUAACUCCUGAGAGUUGGACCCCAUGUAGGUACGGGGGAGGACGUUUGCUCUUUUGCUGAGGUAGAGGGGACUUCACUCUUCAGAGCUCGUACUCCACUAUCACGUGCCAGUAUGAAAUUCCGUCCCAGAAUGGAGAGGGCACCAAUUUUCACACUGAUCAAAUAGCUCAAUUAGUUUCUCCAGCCUGACUCCUGUGGAUGAGGGAGGCUCGGAGGUGGCAGCCAUAACCACUGAAGUGAAGAACGGCUGCAAAUUUCCCUGCUACACGUCAUUUGUGAUGCUGCUGUGUUUCUCUAUGCUCACCACCUUGAAUAGCUGCCUGGUUGUGCUGCAGCACCUCCUUCCAGCCCUGGGAUGCAGAGGCAUUUGUACUCAUUGCAUAGCACCAGCUAGGUGCUCUGCGGCUGUUGCAGCACCCUCUCCUUUCAGUACAGGUAGACAGUGAGAUGUGUAAACAUAGUACAUCAUCCACUAGCUAUGCAAGAAAGGGGUGCUUUGCAGAAUAAGCACACCCACAAGGGUCCUUGCCCCCAAUCUAAUGCACAUAGAAGCUCUGAGCUGUUGAGGAAGGGUGAUCCCCAGUGUCUUGGGAGGAGUUAAUAGCAGUGAAAGCAGAGGUGCCAUUACCCUCUCAAGGGAUCUGGUGCUCUGGCCUUGAUAAGGAUGGCCUAUUUGCUCUUAGCGCUAUCCCUAGCAGCAGAAGAAGAUUCAGAGACCUGUGAUGACACAAACUAGGCUCAGACAUGGACACCAGUGCAACUUCCCUUCUGCACUGGGAUUCGUGCCACCAGCAGGGAUGGCAGGAGUCUAGCUGGUGGGGUCAGGGCCAGUAGUAGCCAGCUUGGCUGUUGGAAUGCACUGCUGCUGGGCUAAUCCCCCUACCCCAUCUAGGGUGGGGCCAGUGACUCUUUGCCCCCACGGUGGCUAAUUUUCCCCUGGCUUGUGGGGGCAGCUUGCUUUCCCUUGGGCUUGGCUGGUCACCUGGCUUAGAUGGGGUCCCACCCAGCUGUCCCAUUUCGGGUUUGGCUAGUCUUCUCCAUCUGACUUGUAAAUUAAUCUCUUUGAGGGGCUGUAAUACCAGUCUCCAUCCCCAGGUGACGCUGUGGGUUCCUUUUAAGGAUUCUUCUAGCCGACGGCGUUCCCCCUCUGUGAUUCCUGGGUGUGGGAUCUGUAAUUUCACCCCUGUCGCCUAGGUGGCGAUGUGGGAAAAUCUAGCGCUGUGAGGGAUUUCUCCUGGCGGUAGGAUCCGUCCUCUUUGGUUUUCGGUAAGGGGGUGGACCUUGUAGUGAGUGCACCCAAUGGAGAUCAACGCUCUGAUGAUUGGCGGCGACGGGACCCAAUGGGCGCUGGUCCGUGGGAAGCUGGUAUCGGGCGGGGCUGAAGAGGCGGCUGGACUGCUGGUGAUGGGGCUGUUGACUAUUCUGAAGAAGAUGCGACAGAAGGAGCGGGAGCUGCGGCUUCUUAUGCUUGGCCUAGACAAUGCUGGCAAAACCACCAUCCUGAAGAAGUUCAACGGGGAGGAUAUCGACACCAUCUCGCCCACACUGGGCUUCAACAUCAAAACCCUGGAGCACCGGGGGUUCAAGCUGAACAUUUGGGACGUGGGCGGACAGACAUCCCUGCGCUCCUACUGGCGCAACUACUUUGAGAGCACGGAUGGUCUCAUCUGGGUGGUGGACAGCGCUGACCAACAGCGCCUGCAGGUCUGCAAACAGGAGUUGCAGAGCCUCCUGGUGGAAGAGCGCCUGGCCGGAGCUACCCUGCUCAUCUUCGCCAAUAAACAGGACCUGCCGGGAGCGCUGUCCUCCAAUGCCAUCCGGGAGGCCUUGGAACUAGACAGCAUCAAAAGCCACCAUUGGUGCAUCCAGGCCUGUAGUGCCUUCACUGGGGAGAACCUGCUGACAGGGAUCGACUGGCUCCUGGAUGAUAUUUCCAGCCGGAUCUUCACCGCGGACUGACCAUGCCCCAGACGUGGCCCCCUCCUUUGUGGGGGGCUGCAGGAGUGGGGCUGCAUCCAAGCUUUGAACAGAGUUCCCAGGACCAUGUGGCUGUUGUUUCCAUGGACCCUCCCAUCAUGCUUUCCUCCAACAGUCAGUUACCGGGACAGCAACUCCCCUUGGAUUCAGCCUAGAUCCCAGCUGCCCCCUGGAAUGACGCAUGGCUUAGUGCCCCUGGCCCAGGUCUCGUGCAUGCGUUUCAAGGUUUGAGCCUCUAAUGCUGGCAAUCAAUUGGACCCAAAUGAUGGGGGAAGCUGGGGAAGCAGAGGGACCAGGUCAUUUAUAGUCACGGGGGUGGGGCUGAGGCCCCAUCACUGGAGCAUAAGGCCUGUUGAACUGUGUGUAUGAGUGGAACUGGUAGAGAGGAAUGCGCCCCCCCCCCCCAAAAAAAAACCCCGCCAAUCAAACAACCCCACCUCUGUAUCAAACAUUCACUCACAUUUUUCAUCUCCUGUGCUAAUAAAAUCAGUGGCCUAUGUCCCUGGCUGUGCCUGGAUUCCUUGACCCUGCGUGGAUUUGCCUUGUGGUUUUGGCUUAUUGUGCCAGCUUCCCCUGAGAGAUGGACUACCCCUAGGGUGGCUCUAGAUGCCCAGUUACAGUAUCUGUUUCUCACAUGGGCUUAGUGAUGCCCGUAUAUUUUUUUUCCUGUCUCAGCUGAGUUGCAGAUGGGGGCAGGGACACUCAAGAGGCUGGGAAGGGUGGUGUUCUGCAAGGAUCUCCCUCACCCUCCCACUCUAUCCUGAACCUGCUGUGGUUUUAAGCAGAGAGAGAUUCACUUCCUGUUCUUAACUGUUACUAUGAGCUAUUAAACAGCCCCCUCUGUCCCAGUCAGUGGUGGCUGCAUCUCAGAGCCAAGCAAGGGAUCAUUGAGUAAAAAGUCCCUGCUCCCCACCUCAGAGGGGGCUACAUCUCAACACUGGGUGAGGGAUCCCUGUAGAAACAGCUCUUGUGCCCAACCCCAGAGGCAGAUGCAUUUUAGUGAUUGAGAAAGUUAAUCUCUGUCAAAUACAGUUUAAUAAUUCACCUCUCCAGUGCAUUUAAUCUCAAUUUGCUCUGCAAACUCUCCAUUCACCCUCAUUGUGCUGCAGCAACCUCUGGGAUGGAGAAGGGAUAGCAGAGCCAUGAGAGGUGCUGUUUUGGCCAAGAUCCCUGAGGCAGUGGGAACCCCUGGGCUGCUGCAGACAUGCCCUCUGGUCAGCUGUGUCCAUACAGUGAUGGCAAGACCUCGACUUUAAGGAGGUACCUCAAAGAUGCCCCCCAACGUUGAACUGCGAGGGCUGGAGCAGCCUGGCUGGGGUUGGAAUGGGACAUGGGGAUUGAGGUUCCAGGAGCAUCAGAAUUUCAAACCUUAUUCCUAGCUCUUUGCCCUGCUUGUAAAAGCCCAUCAGCAUUAGAAGGGUGACACCAUUUUUCUCUCCAUUCUCUAUUUACCUCCCUUAUCAAAUAGCCUCCCCUGGCCCUGCCCCUUUACCUUCCACCUUCUAUCGGAUAACAUUGGACCCUUUAUACCUUACCCUGUAACCCAGUGGCUCUCAACCUUUCCAGACAACUUUGCCCCUUUUAGGAGUCUGAUUUGUCUUGUGUAUCCCAAGUUUCACUUCACUUAACUACUUGCCUACAAAAUCAGACAAAAGUACAAGUGUCCCAGCACAGUUACUGAGAAAUUGAUCACUCUCAUUUGUACCAUAUAAUUCCAAAAUAAAUCAAUUGGAAUAUAAA